GGAUAUGGCGAGUAGAUGGUGGAGUGGAAUGGGAAUUGAAGAUCAGCAUGGAGCUAAAAUCCACAGGCGCCGUCGAGGUCGCCCACCGGGCUCAAAAAACAAGCCAAGGCCACCCAUUCUCAUAACCAACCACGCUCCCAACGCCUUCCAAACCCACGUAUUCCAAAUCACCCCCGCCACCGACAUAGUCCAUUCCAUUUCCACCUUCGCCCACCGCCGCCACUGCGGACUCUCCAUUCUCAGCAGCUCCGGCCUCGUCGCCAACGUCACUCUCCGCCAACCCGCUGCCCCUGGCGGCGUCAUCACUCUCCAUGAACGCUUCGAGAUCUUGUCACUCUCUGGCGCUUUCCUUCCCGCACCGUCCCCCCAGUGGGCUACUAGCUUGACCGUCUGUCUAGCCGGUGGCCAGGGACGGGUCGUCGGCGGCCUGGUUUCCGGUCCCCUCAUCGCCGCCGGCCCUGUGAUAGUAAUUGCAGCUUCGUUUACAAACGCUAUAUAUGAAAGAUUACAGCUUGAGGAAAUGGAAAUGGAAGAUCAUAGUAAUGGAAAAAAUUCAAUGGGGGAAUCAUCAGGAGGAGCUUCUUUGGCAGUUCAUAAUUUGAUUUCAAAUACCCAAAUUUCUCAAGAUGUGUUUUGGGCUCAACUUCCUCCAUCGUAUUAAUGGUAUAUGAUCAUAAUUUUGGAUUUGUUUCCCACUCCACAAACAACCCAUUUUACAGUUUUUUUCAAUCUUCCACUCAUAAAUUAUCAUUUCUUGAUUCUCUUA